AUGCUGGCGACAAGUCUGGAAGACAACAAGAAGCGUCUACCAAGCACUCCUAAAUUGCCUAUUCUGGACGAGCGCCUUCCUCUGGGACGACCUGGUUAUCCCAGUGGACUUGUCGACCAAAAUGAACCCAGAAAUUCCAGGCUUCUAUUACGAAAAAAAUACUUCAAGAUUCAGGCCAACCAUGUUGCGCCGGCGGGCGCACAAUAUUCGAGAGAAUCUGUGAAGAGGAAGCGUGCGGAGCAAGAGAAACAACAUAAGAGAGUUCAGCUGAAUCAGCGGAUAUCCGAAGAAAAGGUUCGCAAAGCCAGUUUCUCAAAUCAUCCAUUGCUCAGCAAUGACAGCGAACUCGGCUCCCGCAUUCUGCCCCCGUCGCUUCAACAGGAGAGGCAAGCUCGGGCAUACGUGAGCCAGUUGCAUCGAAAAAAGUUGCAUCAAUUCGAGCCUUGGCCCGAUUAUUCUAUCCAGCACGUUAUCCGAAAUCCACGCUCGGGGAUUCUCAUUGCCAGCAAAGUAUGCUUCCCAGACUUUGAAGAGAAGAAGUGGAGUUACAACCGCACAAUGGAGAGAGUUCUGCUCAAAGAGGCAUAUCGGCGACGAUGGACAGUGGGCCCGAGGGUGAUUCAUUCCUCUCGCCUCGAAUGCUUCCAGGGCCAGAUGAUCAAGGCGACUAUCAAUGGCCCUCUUUCUGUACAUUCUUCCUCGGUCUUCAAGCUCCAGUCUCGCAAAGCUCACACUGGCCUAGUCUCUCACCCCAUUCGCAUCCGAACAACACCUUCGUUAUGGUGCUCCUCCGCAUGUCCAACAGGCGACAAGGCCCUCUUCGCCAUCGGAACAUCAAAUGGCCUGCACACUCUCGAGGGCUUCGGAAGCCACUGGACAGUAUCUCAAAAACCAUUCCCAAACGAUGCAAGCUCCCGCAAACGAGGGAACCAGCAAGGGUUCCGUGAGCAUGGUAGCUCCUCCCAUGCAAGCGUGAGUACUGUUGAGUGGCUCUCACCGGAGGUUAUUGCGUCCGGAAUGCGGAAUUCAUCCGUCUUCUUGCACGAUCUUCGCAGUGGAGGGAGUGCAGCACGGUUGCAGCACCCACAUGCUGUUUCGAAGAUCCGCAAAGUUGAUCCCUAUCGGCUCGUUGUCUCUGGAUUCAACUCACUCCAAAUGUACGAUAUUCGGUUCGCCCCGAAUGGCCUCCAACCCAAACCAAAGCCCACCUCUCCCUCGCACACCUCCACACGACCCUACCUGACAUUCCCCGAAUACUCGCCCGACAUAAUCUCCGACUUUGACGUGAGUGGCGAACUGGGCCUUCUCGCAAGUGCCUCGGAUGACCGCCGAAUCCAACUCUUUUCCCUUCAGACUGGCGACCUCAUUCCCUCGCCUCUAUCCAAGUAUCAAUACUCAAAUCCGAUUAAUUGCGUAUCUUUCGAACCUAGCGAGGGAGGUGUUGCAAUCUGUGGUCCACAGACGCCAAGUUUGUUGGUUUGUGCGAAAGCGACGGUCGAUCAAUGGGCUUGGUAG